AUGUCCAUCCUGGCGAGUUUCUAUCUGCUGCAACGGCUGCACAACACCACCUUCAAGGCCUCCCGAGCCAGCUCCUCCCUGAGCCGCCGCUUUAGCAUCUGUGAUCCGCCACAUGUACCAAGCCCCAACCGACCUAUAAGGCCUCCACUUCUCACACAGCUGCUCCAACUGCUUGGGCAGCUCAUCCAAACCGUACAAAAUCUGCACCCCUUUCCUCACCCCAAGAUCACUCACCGGCAAAAUAUCAGGCCUCUGGAGAGAAAACAUCAUGAACAUUUGAACCGACCAAGAACCGAUCCCUUUAACCAUAGUCAGCAUCGUGAACAGAGACUUAUCGUCGUAUAUGUAGCUGGCUUUCCGGCCAGAGACUCCGAUCUGCUUCAGCUGCUGGGGGGUGAGGGUGAGGACGGUGUCAGGGGAGACAGAGUCGGAGCCUCCGCAGAGGGCCAUGAAGCGGUUGUAGAUUGUGGUUCCGGCCUUGAGGGCGAGCUGCUGGUAGAGGAUGCUCUUGGCGAGUGCGUGGAAUGGGGGGAGGCGUUCGGUGAACUCCGGCGGUGGGAGGGUGUCGAUGAGCAGGGCGAGCACGGGGUCGGCGGCGCGGAGGUGGCGGAUGGCGGACUCGAUCUCGCCCUCGACGGUCAGGGGGGUAAGGCUCUGGAGGCUUGCGAGGCGCUCCGCCGGCGGUUUUUGGCGGUGGAGGCGCAGAGGGCUAAGGAAGACGAUGCGGAGGCGGAUGAGUCGUCGACGGACGGAAGGGAAAUGGAUGGUUUUUCGUGGAGAGUUUGCGGAUUUUCUGAGGUCGAAUCGGGAUUUUGGAAGGGUUCUGGGGAGCGUGGGGGAUUUCGGGAUCGGCAUCGGAAGAGUCUUGGCGGGGCUUGGGGGUUUCGAUCGGCGGCAGAGAAUGGGAUUCGGGUUUGGGUAGGUCGUCGAUUUGAGCUGGGGUUUGCUCACCCAUGUGAUCGGAGUGCGGCGGUGAGACCAAUCGACGGCGGAGAAUGGUGGUGGUGGUGGAGGGCGGUGCGUGGCGGAGGAUUGGGAUUCGGAGGAGAGAGAGAGAGGCGAAGAUUGAUUAGUUGGGGGCGAUUGAGUAAUCUCACAGAAUAA